AAGAAAAAAAGCAUUACUUUUAUCUCCGUGUGGCUUGUAUUGGAUGGAGGACGACGGCCAACCUACACUGGAGAGUUUGGACAAUCGGAUUCAGGAGCUAGAGGAGGAUAUCCGUCAAUACACGACAUUUGUUCAACACUACAUCGAAACGCGUAGGAAACUAUAGAAAUGUGUUUAAGGCAAUGUAGACGAUCUUAUCGAAGAUGUAGACAACACUGUAACACAGGAAGAAGUUGAUCGUCUAAUCGCAUACGAAAAAGGCGAUGCAAUGCGUGUCAGAAUCCAAAAGAUGGACGGUACAUCCUUUUCUGUGAUUGUGUACAAGUCUUCAACUGUGAAUCACCUAAAAUUAGCGAUUCGUGAUUUCCUCCUCCACCAACUUCCUGAGGGAAACAGAACGCGCAUCUCGUGGAAGUUUGUGUGGAGGAAGUAUUGUUUGGAGUGCGAAGAUGGCCAGAAGUUGCUGGACAAUCGGAAUUAUUUGAAGGAUUUCGAUGUGCACGAUGGAUCCACCAUUCGGAUGGCGAUUAAACCAAUCCAGCGACGUGUGAAACGACCAAGAGAGCCGAAUCGGAAGAAGCGAUUCUACAAUCCGAAUCUCUCUCGAUAAUUUAUGAUCAAAAAAUAAAAUAUUAUGAUACUGUAAUACUGUACUUGUAAUUUUAAGGCGCAUUCGGUCUGUUUGUUCACUCUAAUUUUGUUAAUGGCUAAAUACAUUCCGCCCCGUAACUUUAAUAUGGUUACGGACGAUGUCUAUCGGUGCAUCACACCGACAGAUAUCAACUUUCCCUUUUUGGAGAGACUAAAGCUCAAGUCGGUGGUUUAUCUGUCGUCGAUAGAGAUGUCCGAGUCACUAAAACUCUUUUUUAACGAUUGCGGAAUCAAGGUUCAUAAUGUGUCAAAAUCCUUUGGUUCUGAAAUCAACGAGGCCUUAGUGGUAAAUGCGCUGUUACUAAUAUUCAAACCGUCAAAUCUACCCGUGAUGAUAAUGAGUGAUGAGAAGAGCAACAUAACGGGAAUCGUAGUCGCUUGUUUACGGAAGAAACAGAAAUGGAACUUGUCAUCGAUCUACGAGGAAUAUAGGAGAUACAACAAUCAAAUUUCCGAUUUGGAUAGUGAGCAAUUCAUUGAACUAUUUGACCCAGACUUGGUGAAUUCGGUGUCUGACACGUAG